CUGGCAUGGAGGACUCGAGCCAGUUCAUGCAGUGGGCCCUGAGCACGCUGCAGCACGAUGAGCUCCCACCGGCGACGCCGCCGGCGGCCAUCGCCUACGACGACAAUGACUGCAACACCUUCUCAUCAGUCCCGGCGCUGGGGUACUCCGCUGCAUCAGUCAACAGCAUGGUCCCGGCGGAACCACCAGCACAGGAAGGCCACCGGGCCACCGCCGCCACCAACAGCUGGAGCUCGGCCGACACCGCGUCCGUCACGGCCGCGCAGCGUGACGCCUGGUCGCCGUCUUCGCAGCAGAACUCGGUCAAUUGUGCCACGCCCCGCAGCAGCGGCAGCAGCCAGCCCGUGAGCUGGGACUUCCAUUCGGCGUCGGCGUCGGCGUCGGCGCAGCUAAUAAUCAAAGAAGCCCAGGUCAACUCUGCCACGGCCGCAAGGGCAGAGAGCGCCGCUGGCGGCAUGCCGGUGCCACAGCCACAGAUGGUUCAAAACGGGUCGCCGCCGACGAGGAGGGCCUCUGCCAAAAUGUCGUCGGCUUCUUCGUCUGCGCCGCCGUGCUCCCAGGAUCACAUCGUCGCGGAGCGGAAACGCCGGGAGAAGAUCAACCAGCGUUUCAUUGAGCUCUCGGCAGUCAUCCCCUGCCUCAAGAAGAUGGACAAGGCGACUAUCCUAUCCGACGCGACGAGGUACGUGAAGGAGCUCCAAGAAAAGCUCAAGGCACUGCAACAAGGCGGAAGCUGCAACGCCCGGGGCGGCACGGAGUCGGCGCCGGUGCUUGUCAAGAAGCCGCGCAUAGCGGCGCCGGGGGAUGACGACAAGGACCGCGGCGGCGCGCCUUCCCCUUCCUGCGCGCCGCCUGGGGCUGCGGCGACCACCGGGAACGCGCUGCCGGAGAUCGAGGCGAGGAUCUCGGACGGCAACGUCGUGAUGCUGAGGAUCCACUGCGAGGACGGCAAGGGGGUGCUCGUCAGGCUGCUGGCCGAGGUCGAGGGACUCCGCCUCAGCAUCACGCAUACCAAUGUCAUGCCCUUCUCGGCCUGCAUCCUCAUCAUAAACAUAAUGGCAAAGGUGGCGGAGGGCUUCAACGCCACGGCGGAUGGCAUUGUAGGGAGGCUUAAUGCAGUGCUAGCAGCUGGACCAACGUGUUAGGGAUGGGUGCGCAGAAAAACAACAAGCUGUGUCAAAGAACUAGCGGCGCUACCCGAAUAAUUUCUGCAUGGGCCGGGCCUGUACAUACUUGUAUGUCACCAAGAAGUACCUUUGGCGUUCUAUCGCAUGCAUAUGCAGUUCCUCUUUGAUUCGAGCGAAUAAUGUCGGUGUGUCGUAUGUUUAUCC